CCCGUGAAUCUGCUAUAGGCUCCAGGCAAUUGUCUGUGGAAGGGGCGGGAGGGCCAUACAUGAUUGAGGUCAUGCGCAUCUAGCCAAUUUGUAAGACGAUCCUGCCGCUCCAAGCCAUCAGCAAUCCUUAGCAUAGGGGCACACUCAUGCAUUCCUGUCAAGUCAUCUUGUGAAAGGCUGCCUGCUUCCAGCUUGGCUUGGAUGUGCAACCUUAAUAAAACUCACUGAGGUCUGGGAGAAAAUAGCAGAUCUGCAGCAGAUAGAGUAGAGGAAAGGGUCUAGAAUAUGUACACGCAGCUGACUCAGGCAGGCUCCACGCUGAACUGUUACACAGAGAGGAAACAAUAAAUCUCAGCUACUAUGCAAUAAAUAUCUCAAGUUUUAACUAAGGAAACUAUCAUUACAGUGAAAUAAAAAAUAACAUUUUAGAACAAAGCUAACAAAUGGCUAGUUUUCUGUGAUUCUUCUUCAAAAGCUUUCUUUGAGGGGGAAAAAGUCAAACAAACAAGCAGUUUUACCUGAAAUAAAGAACUAGUUUAAAGGUCAGAAGAAAGGAGCAAGUUUUGCGAGAGGCACGGAAAGAGAGUGCUGGCAGUACAAUGACAGUUUUCCUUUCCUUUGCUUUCCUCGCUGCCAUUCUGACUCACUUAGGGUGCAGCAACCAGCGCCGAAGUCCAGAAAACGGUGGGAGAAGAUAUAACCGGAUUCAACACGGGCAAUGUGCCUAUACUUUCAUUCUUCCAGAACACGACGGGAACUGUCGUGAGAGUACGACAGACCAGUACAACACAAACGCUCUGCAGAGAGAUGCUCCACACGUGGAACCGGAUUUCUCUUCCCAGAAACUUCAACAUCUGGAGCAUGUGAUGGAAAAUUAUACUCAGUGGCUGCAAAAAAUUGAGAAUUACAUUGUGGAAAAUAUGAAGUCGGAGAUGGCCCAGAUACAGCAGAAUGCAGUUCAGAACCACACGGCCACUAUGCUCGAGAUAGGAACCAGCCUCCUCUCUCAGACGGCAGAGCAGACCAGGAAGCUGACAGAUGUUGAGACCCAGGUACUAAAUCAAACUUCUCGACUUGAAAUACAACUGCUGGAGAAUUCAUUAUCAACAUACAAACUAGAGAAGCAACUUCUUCAACAGACAAAUGAAAUCCUAAAGAUUCAUGAGAAAAACAGUUUAUUAGAACAUAAAAUCUUAGAAAUGGAAGGAAAGCACAAGGAAGAGUUGGAUACCUUAAAGGAAGAGAAAGAGAAUCUUCGAGGCUUGGUUACUCGUCAAACAUAUAUAAUCCAGGAACUGGAGAAACAAUUGAGCAGAGCCACCACCAACAACAGUGUCCUUCAGAAGCAGCAGUUGGAGCUGAUGGACACAGUGCAUAACCUUGUCAACCUGUGCACUAAAGAAGGUGUUUUACUAAAGGGAGGAAAAAAAGAGGAAGAGAAACCAUUUAGAGACUGUGCAGAUGUAUAUCAAGCUGGUUUUAAUAAAAGUGGAAUCUACACUAUUUAUAUUAAUAAUAUGCCAGAACCCAAAAAGGUGUUUUGCAACAUGGAUCUUAAUGGAGGAGGUUGGACUGUAAUACAACAUCGUGAAGAUGGAAGUCUGGAUUUCCAAAGAGGUUGGAAAGAAUAUAAAAUGGGUUUUGGAAAUCCCUCUGGUGAAUAUUGGCUGGGGAAUGAAUUUAUUUUUGCUAUAACCAGUCAGAGGCAGUACACACUAAGAAUCGAGUUAAUGGACUGGGAAGGAAACCGAGCCUAUUCCCAGUACGACAGAUUCCACAUAGGAAAUGAAAAGCAAAACUACAGGUUGUAUUUAAAGGGUCACACUGGGACAGCAGGAAAACAGAGCAGCCUGAUCUUACACGGUGCUGAUUUCAGCACUAAAGAUGCUGAUAAUGACAACUGUAUGUGCAAAUGUGCCCUCAUGCUAACGGGAGGCUGGUGGUUUGAUGCUUGUGGCCCAUCCAAUCUGAAUGGAAUGUUUUAUACAGCGGGACAAAACCAUGGAAAACUGAAUGGCAUAAAGUGGCAUUACUUCAAAGGGCCCAGUUACUCCUUACGUUCCACAACCAUGAUGAUUCGACCUUUAGACUUUUGAAGGCACAAUGUCAGAAGCAAUUAUAAAAGCAACAAAGAAAUCUGGAGAAGCUACCAGAUGAGAAACUGCUUGAAAACUUCUGAAGCAAACAAUAUUGUUUCCCUUCCAGCAACAAGUGGCAGUUAUGUGAAGUCAUCAAGGUUCUUGACUGUGGAUUGGGAGCCUUUUGCGUUCACAAAAGUCUCUACUUGGGGUUACCAUGUUCAUAUAUCUUAACUAUAGAGAAAGCCACUCACUGUCAUGCUGUAAAAAGGGAAGAAAUUGCUCAGCUCGCUGUGCUUCAAACUACUACUGGAUCUUAUUUUGGAACUAUGGUAGCCAGAUGAUAAAUAUGGUUUGUUUCAUGUAAAACAGAAGAAAAAGAAGAAAAUGAACAAUAACAACAAAAAAGAAUAUACAUAAAGAAUAGCAACAGACCUGCCAUAAUCCUUUGGAAAGGGUGUAUUACACCAGUGAAAUGGUGUUACUUCUAUGCAAACCUGCUAACAGUAAGUUUAUACUGUUGCACAAUUUUAAUAAAAGUUCAGGAAGAACAGCAUUGCCCUCUGAAUUGGUUAAAUGUUAAUGGAUUUCGGAAGCCUAAUUCCUAAAUCAUACUUACUAGUUGAUUUCAGUUAACUCAUCUUCAAAUGUAAAUUUCAUUUUGGAAACCAUAAAGAAUUUUAGUGCAUGAAGAACAACGUGUGAGGUAGAAACAUGCUCCAUUACUCUUUGAUUUUUUGAUACAGUUUUCAGAAAAAAAUGGACAUAAUCAAGUAUGGACAUACGAGGUGAAAAAUUAUCCCCCAUGCUACAGUUUUCAUUUACUUUAAAAACUGACUGACUGAGAUAUAAAUAUAUUUAUAGCCUGAGUAAAGUUUAAAGAAUGUGAAAUAUAUCAUCAAGCUCUUAAAAUAAUAUACAUGCAUUUAAUAUUUUCUGUGAUAUUAUACAUGAAAGCAGUGUUUUAGAGUGUAUUAAGUUGAAGUAAAACCAAGUAAACUGGAACAGUUUAUCUUACAGUAUCUUCUUGUAUGUGUACACUUAAGUGUAACUUCAUUAUUUUAAAAAUAAUGAUUUUCAAUUCUUCACUUUAUUUCAUGCUAAUUUAAUUUUUGCUAAUUAACUGAAACAUGCUUUCCAGAUUCACCCUGUUCCAGUUUCUGUAAAAGAUACACUUUGAAGUCUAUGAAAAAUAAAAAAAGAAUUAUAAAUACCAUUGUACAUAGUAUGUUUAUAUCCGUGGUAAACCUAAUAGCUGUUUAAUCUGGAAUAUUCAAUGUUGUCCUUAAUUGAUGCAAAUAAACACAAGUUUUCAAAGAAAUCUACUAUACCACUUAUUUCUUUAUAUUUUUCUCCUUCAGCCUCUGUUUUUCUUAGGCAGUUUCUGAUUUUUAAAAAUUAUUAUUCAUGGAGAAAAUUGGCAAAACUCUGUAUUAUACAUAAGGGAAACACACAAAAAAAGAAAAUUAAUCAGUCAUCUGACUAAGAAAAUUCUAUUAGGUGCUAUAAAUCUCUUAAUGAAAAUAUUCCUAUGGGAUAAUCUAUUUUAAGUGAAUUUGGGGGCACAGAUUUUUAUGGCAAUUUGAAGUUACUACAAUAUUUUAUCAAGAAGUACUUUCUGCCUCUAAGUGUUCAAGGUUACAAUAGUGAACAGUUUUUAUCAAAAUAUGAGUUACUAUGAGAUAAGAAAAUUGAAAGGCAUAUUGGCUCUCCUUUCUUAAAAAAAUAGGUUUUUUUUCAAGGCAACAAUACCAGUUUCAGACCUGGUGACUUGAUCUAUUAUGCCUUUGUGGCUUUCCUCCAUUUGAGAGAAAAAUCUAUUUACAUUUUUAAGAAAGUAUUUUCUAAAGUUUACCAUCAAGUCUUUAUAUUUAUGCAUCUGUGUGUAACCCCAUUUUGCCUUAUAAGUGAUAUUUACAGGUAUUCUACAGUUUUUCUAUCCUUGGCGACUCCUUCAUAGCACUGUUUAGCCUCGCCCUCUAAAAACCUUGCUUGUUUUCAUUUAAGUGAAUGGAAGUGAGUGUUUUGCUCUUUUGUGUUCCUACAGAUUAUUUUUUACCAGUAUUUUGAUAAAUAAUACUAUUUCCCAAUGCAUAUUACAAAAAUAAAAUGAAAUAAUGAAAAAAAAGAAAGCAUGAUAUUUACUGUUUUGUUAUCUGGGUUUGAAAAAUGAAGUUGUUUCCAAUUAUUUAUAAUAAAACAAUAUAAAAUGUUUUAUGACUCCAUUAUGUGCAUUGUGUGAUGCCUACAUGUUUGUGGCCACUUAACAUGUAUAUCCAUUGCAUUUAAUUAUUUCAGGAUAAGAUAAAUAUUAGGAUUUUGUCUUUAAAUUUUUAUUUCAGUAAAAUUCAUGUGGCUUUUAUGCAAAUUUCUUCACAUCCAUCACAGCUUUAUUUGAUAGUAAUAAAAUUGAAAAUAAU